AUGCUAUUCAUUCUCGUCGCGAUUUACGUCGCCUUGGCUACUGCGCAAAGCACCCCUUGGCCCAAAUUCGGCAACUGGACCGAGGAAUUCAACGGUCAUCUAUACAUCCUCUCAGGCCCAAUGACGCCAGGAAAGAAAACUGAUUUCGAACUCGAGCGAUGCCACUACGUGCUCAAACUCCUCAACGAGCGCACACACGUCCCCAAUAGCCAGAUACCACUCCCAACCCCAGCCUCUCUCUGCAUGGACAUCCUCGCCAAACGAAAAGCGUCCAUCCGCGACCAGGGCUUUCUCGAGCUCUUCUCCCAGGACAUUGAAGAUGCUAAGAAGUUCUGCGGUAUCUCAGAGGAGCACCUCGAGGCGGAGAGGCAGCACAUCAUUGUUGAAGUUGUCAACUUGAGUUUGAAGGCCCAGGAGGAUGUGAGGAGUGGGAGGUUCAGGGUUCCCGCGCCUCCUGCGUCUUGA